CUUCAAAACUGUGUUCGUCAACCAACACACAAUUCCAAAAAAUCGCCCCUUUGCAGAUGUGUACUUGGUGGCGUAUCGUUGUUGCUUUUCUUUUGAUAAAUUCAGUUAAGUAUUGCUUUUCCGUUGUACUUGUCGGAAAUGAUUCUAACUUUGAUUCACUCAUAACUGGAUAUGAGUUGACUCUAUUGAAAUUCUCAGCAGAAUGGUGUCAUUUCAGUCAAAUGUUAGCACCAGUCUUUGAACAAGCCUCAGAGAAAAUUACAGAGUUGACUAAGAAUGGUAAAGCUGCUUUCAUUACAAUAGACUGUGAAUCAAGUCAGGAUUUAUGCAGUAAACACAAUAUCCGUAAAUAUCCUACAGUCAAAGUGACUAAAUAUGGUAAAAUAUUGAAACGUGAAUAUCGUGAUCAACGAACUGUUGAAGCAUUUGUGAAAUUUGUUGAAGACAAUUUAAAAUUACCAGUCGAUAUUAUUAAUGGUAAUCAAGCAUCUCCUGAUCGUAUUCAUGAUCUAUGGGUUAAUAAAAGCAAUGAUAAAAAUACUAUAUUGGCACUUGUCAACAAUAUGAAAGCGAAAAAUUCUCAUGUGGAUAUUUUCAAGAAAGUUGCCUCUAUUGAACGAGAUUCAUGUGCCUUCGUUUUAAUUUAUAACCUUACAAUGAAUGAUGAACGACUUUCAUUGUAUGAUCGUUUAGCAAAUAAAAUCACAACAAGAACAAUUUUAAAAAAUGCUGAUUUACCAGCAGUCCAUAAUUGGGUAAUCAAAGCGUGUACAAGUUUAGUACGUGAAUUAACAUUUGCUAAUGCUGAAGAGAUAACUGAAGAACGUCUACCCUUAAUGUUAUUGUUUUAUCAUCCAAAGAAUAAAACAAUAGCUGAUCGUUUCACUGAAUUUGCUAGAAAUCAUUUAUCACACCUACAAGAAACAAUCAACAUCGUUACAGCUGAUGGAGUGACAUUUUCGCAUCCAUUAGCCCAUUUGGGUAAAUCAGAGUCAGAUUUACCCUUCAUUUGUUUGGAUUCUUUUGCACAUAUGUAUGUAUAUCCUGGGAGUAUAGACACAGCAUUAAGUGAUCCAAAAUAUUUAAAUCAAUUUGUUGAAGACUUGAAAUCUGGUAAACUUCACUUAGAAUACCAUUAUGGAUCAGAUGCAUUCACAUCGACUGCUUCUUCAGCUGCUGCCGCUGAAACUGAAACACCAGUUAAAGUGACCACACCGCAUACUUCAGUAUUUCAACGCUUAACACCAUCACGAAUGAGAUAUACAAUAAUUCAUGAUGAGUUUUAAAUAAAAAUGCCCGAAAAGGCAGCUCCCUAUUUUUUUUGUCAAUUUUUUGUUCUCUCUAUCCUGGUGUUUAUAAUUGUAUGUAAUUAAAAUACCAAUGGGUUCAUUCUGUGUAGAAUGAAAUGGUUUUGUUUGUUUAUUUAAUUGUUUGUUUGUUUGUGUGUGUGUGUGUUUUCAUACUAAUACCUACUGUGUACACAGAAUGUAUUCUACAGGAUGAAUUCUAUUCUGUGCCACGCAAAAUAGAAUCUCUCUCUCCCUGUUUCUCUCGCUCUCUAUGUGGGGGGAGGGGAGACCCCAGCGGGGGUACUUUUCUCUCUCGCUCGCUCGCUCUCUCUUUCUAGGGUCAGAAAGAGAAUUAACCUGUAUUUUGGUGAAUUGUUGUGUUGUUAACCAAGCAAAAUCUCGUUUUCUUCUUAUCAAGCAAAUGAGAAGCAAAAAUGGAAUACACGUGUGUAAAGUUCCUUUUGUGUGCACGUCUUCUUCUCCUAUUUCACUAUUUUUACACUUUCCCUUCCUCUUCUUUCUCUUGUGUGGUUAUUUUUCCCUUGGGAAAGCCAAAUAGGACUGUUUCUACUUACAUUCUCCGUUCUUCAAGAGGUGUGCAUACGUACGUGUGGAUGUCUGUCUGUCUGUCUGUAUAGUUUCCCCCUUUAUUUUUUACAUCGUUGUCUUUCAAAAAGGUGUUAAACUCUAUUGGUGAUAAAAACAAAUAUAUAUAUAGGAAUUAGUGUAUUGUGUCACUUCCCUCCCUCUCUCUUACCAUUCCCAUCCUCACCCGCCCUCUUUCUCUCUCUCUCUCUUCAGUGUCAAUGUGUCCAUUGAAUCAAAAUAGUAUGAAGUAUCAUUGCUUAUAACCAUUGUGUCUAUUAUUUUUUUCCUUAUUUUAUAUGUAUACUAUGAAAUGUACUGUUCGAGAAGAUUGAUUCAUGUAAUAAAAUUAACCUCAUAACUCCACUCACUGUAUUCCUUCUUGUUGUUAAUAUCACCGCAUUGUUUCUACUCAUAUCACUGGUAUUGGUGGCGGUCACCUCAUGCCUUUUCUCGAUAUUCUGAUUAGUUUAACUCUGUUCUCUAUGGUGAUAUAUAUAUAUAUAUAUAUAUAUAUAUAUAUAUAUACCCUGUCUUGUUUUGUUUGUUUUUUACACUUAUGACUGUUCAUUGAAGAGUUGACUACGUUUUGUUACUGUGCUAAAAUACUACUACUGUGUGUAUACUGUGUGCGUUGUACUACUACUACUCCUGUCUUUUCUCUCUCUCUCUCCAGGAAAUUGUAUUAUUUUCUAAGGAGAUGAGAGUUUCCCCUUUUUAAAUUUUUGAUAGUCUCAUUUUUCUUUGUUUGAAAUGAAGGGAUAGAUGAUAUACGUUGUUUCUUUUGUCUUUUUACACCAUCCUAGAGCUUUGGAAAAGAUUGUAUUUAUACAUAUCUAUAUAAGUGACUUCAUAUGACCAAAAAACAAUGCUUGAAUACAUGCCUCUUACGCUGUGUGAAACAACAUGCGGAUGGCUAAUGAACAUGA